CGCAAUGAUGGGUGAUUUUUGACAGCUCUACGGUGACAUCCCCCGAAAUGCUAUUUCGCGGGGGAACUCAGUGGUACUCAAGUUGAAGCCAUCUUGGGCACUCAAUUUCCAUCAUGGCUGCCGCUAGUUCAAAAAAACGACAUAGGCACACAUAGGCCCCACCGUGACGUCAUAUUCACCCCAUCAAGCAUGACCUGUCUAUAUGUGCCGACUGUUAAUUCUGCAUUGUUCUGUUCUACCGCAUUUGAAUUCUGUGAAUAGAGGAAAUUUUGUUAAGGUAUUUUUUAUCAAGAGGCAUACUUACGAAAACUCCACUCCGUACCGGCUCUGUGACUGUCCAGAAGCUUAUACGCUCAGGAAAAUGCAAAACAUUUAUCAUGAUCAUCGAUAUGCAACAUUCGCAUCACAGCCGAUUCUGGAAACCGAAAUGAUGGAAAUUAGCACCUCCAAUCCAUCGGAUUUAUCUGCUCCACCGUCUGUUCCAUCGGUCGUCCCCGCUGUUAUUCUUGAUUCGACAUUCUUGGCUGUCGCAUCGUCACCACCACCUAUAUUCGUUUCGUCAGAUAUGUUGACCAUCCCAUCGUCACCGCCACCCAUCACUGAUGUUUCCGGUACAGUUCUUUUCGGUGGAUCUAUGCCCAGUUCGUCAGGUGGAUCCAUGCCGGGACAGCGAUCCUCCUCCGGACCGUCAUUGUUGACCAUCUCAUCGUCACCGCCACCCAUCUGUGAUGUUUCCGUUCUUUUCGGUGGAUCUAUGCCCAGUUCGUCAGGUGGAUCCAUGCCGGGACAGCGAUCCUCCUCCGGACCGUCAUUGUUGACCAUCUCAUCGUCACCGCCACCCAUCUGUGAUGUUUCCGGAUCUCUGCCCAGUUCGUCAGCCAUGCCGGGACAGCGAUCCUCUUCCGGACCGUCAUCCUCGCCCAGUCUGACGUCUGUACCUGGUUCAUCUUCAUCAUCCGGCGCGUAUAAUAAUUCACUUGAUAAAAAAGUGGACAUUCUUAUAAAACUAUCGAAGCAGACUGCGGCUGAGGUCAAAAUUAUGUUUAAUGCAAUGAAUCCGAGAGCUGGGACAACCUCACGCAAUACAGCCAUCACUGCCAUUGAAACAAAAGAAGAGUUAGAAGCCUUUAAUGCUAACUUAGAGGUUAAUACGUAUAUGGCUGAGAUGCUAUGCUCGCUUUUGUAUGCAAUUGACCAUAUAAAAUAUGUUAAAGAAAGACUUGACAAAAUAAUAGAUCUAUUGUUUACUAGGGAAUUUCUUUCAAAAUGUAGUUGGUCAGGGAUUGGUCGUCCCAAUCAAAAAGUCGCAUUUGCUGCGUUUGAAAAUGUAUUCGUUUUAAUCAAAUUUGCUGGAGGAAACAAAUUUCUUCAAUUGAAUGACGACUACGUGAAGAAGAUUUUAGUGAGUAAAAUGGAUCAUGGGAAGGGAAGAAAUGAAACAAAAACGUUGCGGGAAAUCGUUUCACUUAGAAGCUUAGAAUAUUAUAAGUAAAUUUGUAAAGAUUCACAGAA